CUGGAUUUCGAAUGUUUUUUUUUGUUGUUGUUGUUUCGACAAACUUCGUUUUCAUUUUCAUAUUUUUCAACUGUUGAUUUAAUUCAAUUAUGAUUUAGUUAUUGAAAGAGAAUGUGUUGCAUAUAAAUACAAAAAUAAUCUGCUUGUUGUUAAUGGUGAUCGAUCAUUUUAUGUUUUUUUAUUUUGUCGCACAUAGCAUUAUAUAGAAAGAAAAAAUUUCAAUCAAAACAAUACAGUUACCUGUUUUGAUAAUAAACAACAUCAGUAAACAAAUUUCUUGUCAUUUCGUAUUUUGGUUAGUGGUGGGUGUAUUAAACUAACUCAAUAAAAAUGGUUUUAUCAAAUAUCGUUACAAGUUUGAUGAAUAAAUUUCUUUCACCAUUUGUCGAAGAUUUUAAUGCCGAUCAACUAAGUAUAUUUGGUUGGAGUGGACAAUUUACAUUGAAAAAUGUCAAUAUUAAACCAAAUGCAUUUGAUUUGGUAAGAUUACCAUUUCGUGUUACACAUGGUUUUAUCGGGCAAAUUGAAGCACAAGUACCAUGGAUGAAUAUCUAUACCGAACCGAUUGUCAUACGAAUCAGUGAUAUAUAUGCUGUGGUUGUACCAAAUACUGAAGUUAUUUAUAAUGAAAAAGAUGAAAAAGAUUAUGAAUGGCAGCUAAAAAAAUCUCAUCUGGAUAAUAUUGAACAAAUUAAACAAAAACUGGAACAAGAAUCGGAUGGUCAAUCUAAAGUACAGGAUGAUGGUUUUUUUAUGAAAUUAAUUGCUGCAGCUAUAAAAAAUAUUCAAAUUUUUAUAUCAAACAUACAUGUUUGCUAUGAAGAUAGUACAUCUGGUCCACGUCCAUUUCAAAUUGGUUUGGCAUUUUCACGUUUAAUAUUCGAAACUGAAACAAAUAACAAUAAUAAUAAUACUGAUGUCAAAAAUGAUCCAACAAAUGAUAAUAUUAUCAAUAAAAUUAUUAAACUUGAAGGUUCGGCAAUGUAUUUGAAUCAUGGCCAAUUCGAACGUUAUCAUGGUAAUGAUCGUCAAACAGUAUUGGCACAAUUGAAAUCAUAUUUCGAUGUUGAACAAUCCAAAUCCAAAUCAUCAUCGGUAAAUUAUGUUCUAUGUCCAAAUAAUUUUGUUACCUAUGCUCAAAUUGAUCGUAAACCAGAAGCAUCAAAUUAUCGUUAUUCAAUAUUUGAUUUAGAUAUGCAUCUAAGUGAUUUUCAAAUUAAAUUUGAUAAUCAUCAAGUUCAUUGUUUAUUAUUAUUAUUGGAUGCUAUUGAUCGUAUGAAUGUUGCUAGUUUAUAUCGUAAAUGGCGUCCCAUUAAAUCGAUUCAUGAUGAUCCACAAUCAUGGUGGCGUUUUUUAUAUUCAGCCAUAACUGAAACUGGUAUACGUCGUCGAAAACAGGAAUUUUCCUGGGAUCAUAUUGAAGCUGCUUGUCGUCGUCGUCGAACAUAUACAGAUCUUUAUAAAAGAAAAUUACUUGAACAACAAAAUUUGGAUAAGGAUUUAGAAGAAUUGGAACGUGAAUUAAAUCUAGUUGUAAUUGUUAUGGCCAGAGCUGAAGCUGAAUUAGCAACGAAAAAAAUUCUAACACAAAUGGAGAAAGAAAAAUCAAAAAAAGGAUGGUUUCGUAAUUGGUGGUCAUCACCAUCGGAUAAAAAUGAAAAUGAAGAAUCAGUUAUUGAAGAUUUGAAAAAAGAAUUCACCCAAGGUGAAGAAAAACAAAAACUUUACAAGGCAAUUGGUUAUGAAGAAAAUGCAUUAGCUAUACUUUAUCCACCGGAUUAUGUUGCACAUCGUAUGCAAUUUCGUAUUAAUCAUUUUAAUCUAACAUUGCGUAGUGAAUUUACCAAUAUAGCUAAUGUUGAAUUGGAAAAUUUUAGUUUUGGUUUCAAAAAUCGUCCAUCAACCGGUAAUAUGGUUGUUGAAAAUCGAAUGGAUUUGGUUCGAAUAACCGGUACGAAUAAUGUUGCCUUAAUGAAAAGUACAGUGGAAAAACAAUUUUUAACAUUAAUAUUCGAAAUGAAUCCAUUGGAUAAACAAAGUGAUUUUAACAUUCUAAUGGAAAUGAAAAGUUUACAUUUUCUUUAUGAUAUUCAAACAUUUAAUCAUCUUUAUCGAUUAUUUACACCACCGGAAAAUAUUUGUUUGGAUGAGAUAAAAACCGCUGCACAAAAUCGAUUCGAAGAUUUUCGUUUGGUAACAUCAUCACAAUUACAGAAUGCUAUUGAUAAACAUAAACAAUUAAAAUUACAGAUCAAAGUUGAACCAUCAUUUGUAAUAAUACCGAAAAAAGCUGAAUUUGAUCGGGCAAACGUAAUGCUAAUUGUUUCAUUGGGUGAAUUUACGUUACAAUCAAAAUUGGUACCAAAAUCGAAUGCAAAUCGAAUAACCAGUAUGACAAAUGUUGAUGAAAUGAAAAAAAUGAUCUAUGAAACAUAUACAUGUCAUGUUAAAAAUGUCCAAAUUGUUUUAAGUUCACGUGAUCAUUGGCAAGAAGAUCUACAUAGUUUAGAUAGUGAACGUCAUUUACUUUGUCCAUUUGAAAUUAUCAUCAAUAUUCAUCGUUCAAUUGUACCGAAUGAUCGUCAUUUUCCAAAAAUCAAUCUUGAAGGACAAUUACCAUCGAUUGAUUUGAAAGCAAGUGAUAGUCAAGUAUCACAAUUGUUGAUUCUAUUAUCAACUUUGCCAUAUGGACCAACUAUUGGAUCGAUUGAUAAUAGUACGACAACAACAGAUUCAAUUCAUCAUUCAACAGCAACCAAAUCAACAAUAACGUUAGCAAAAUCGAUAAAAGUAUCGGAUGAAGUUAUUGAUGCAAUGAAUUAUGCUGCACGUGCUAUUUCGGAAAUUCAACGAAAAAAAGAUGAACAAAUCAAAAGUGAUGAAGAUGAUGUCGAUGCAAAAGGAACGAUUGUUGUACAUCGUGAAAUAAUUUUUAGUUUUAAAUUGAAUAAUAUCAAUCUGACAAUGUAUCGUAAUGAUCGUCGUGAUAUAUCCAAAUUGACUAGAUUUCAAUUAUUAAAAUUGAAUGUUUAUGGUGAAACAUUAAGUGAUCAAACAUUAUGGAUGGAUUGUACGGUAAAUGAUUUACGUAUUGAUGAUAUACGACCACAACGGAAACCUAGUGGUAUUGUUACAAUGUUAUCGAAAUCCAGAGUAAAUAUUGUCGAUAAACAACAACAGGAAAAUAAUGAAAUAAUUGAAGAAGAUGGUGAAAAAUCAAUGCUUAAAGUUUAUUUGGCACAAAAAAUCAACGAACGAAUAGUGAUAUUAACAAUGUCUGGAUUUAGUUUAAUAUUGGCUGUUGAUUAUAUACUAGCAUUGUUGGAAAUAUCAACCAAAGCAUUUUCAAUGGAUGAUAUUGUUGGUCCAAAUCCAACUGCUACCAAUGUUAUCAAAACAUUAUCGACAGAAACUACGGCAGCAAAAAAUUUACUUUCACUAACAACAACUGCGACACCGGUAACGAAAAAAUCAUCGGAUAAAUCAAAAAUGAUGAUCGAAUGUUCAUUGAAUAAGAUGGAAAUAUUCAUGCUUGAAUCGAUUGAUAAUUCAAAUUGUGAAGCUGGCGUUUUUAAUUGUUCAACCAAAGUUAAUGCAAAAAUUGAAGAUGAUGUUAUCGUAAUGAGUGCAUAUAUUUCACAAAUUAAUAUGGCAUUAACAAAUUAUCUGAAUUAUAUUCAUUCGGGUAAUCUGGAUGUUUAUAUUAUGGCACCAACUGAUUUGACUAUAAAAGGAUCGAUAAAAGGUGAAACACAAAUGUUGGAUUUUACAUUCGAUGAUAUCUAUAUAAAUAUAUCACCAAAUAUGUUGCAUACAAUUUUGAAUAUUUUGGCAGCGCUAGGUGAAUCACCUGCACCAUUAACUGAUCAAACAAAAGAUAAAAAUGAUCGUAUCGAUAUUGAUGAUUGUAUUCUAGAACCGAAAAAAAUUGAUAAAAAUCUUUGGUAUUUAACAUAUGCACCACAAGCAAAAGAAGCAUUAUCAUUAUUACAAGAAAGUAUACAACAAUAUGAACAACAAAAAAGUAAUCUUUUAUUUAAUAUGGGAAAAAUUCAUAUUCUAAUUAAAUCCGGUGGUAUUGAAUCACAUCCAUUGAUACGUAUCGAACUGUCAUUAUUUGCCAAAUUGAUUGAAAAUAAGAAUUUUAAUUUUGAAUGUUCAUUAUGGUCGGAUUAUUAUAAUUAUUCAAUAUUAUCGUGGGAACCAUUAAUCGAACCAGUUGAUGAACGUAUAUUUACAUUUCGUGGUAAUGUUUCAUUGUCGGGUGAAAUGAAAAAAAUUCAAAUUGUUGCACAAGAAAAUUUAGAAUUAUUAUUAACAAAAUCAUCGAUAAAUGUUUUACAUCAUAUAAAUGAUGCAUUUCAACGUGCCAUCAAUACAUCCCGGCAACAAUCACAAAUAGCCGAACUGAAUCGUGUUGUAGUGAAAAAUUAUCUUGGUUUAAAUAUUAAUCUACUGUUAAAUCAAUCAAAUAUUUCACCAUUGUCGAAUAAUAAUGAUAAUAAUCGUAGACAACAACAACAACAAUCAAUUCGUAAUGCUACAACAAAUGAUCAAAUGAAGAUGGUUAUUGAAUCUGGUAAAGAAUAUCGUUUUCAAUGUAAAGAUCCAAAUGAUAUUUUACUACAUAUCAAUAUAUUGAUUUCGGAUUCAUUAUUGGUGGAAAGAAGUAUUGUUUGUCGAAAAAAUAUGAUACGUUGUUAUUUUACAUCGAUAAAAAGUUAUCCAGUUGAUGAAUGUUGGAAAUUUUUGGUUCAAAUUAUCGAUAAUGGUGGUAUGAAGGAAAUAAUAUUUCGUUCAAAUACACAAAUUAUGAAUAAUUUUGAUAAUUCAUUUGAAUUAUAUAAUAUGAUUAAUAAAAGUAGUGGCGGAAAGAAUGAUGAUGAUAAUGCUUUGAAUCAUAUUGGUCAUAUUGAUCCACAUUCAACAUUUAAUCUACCGUUACCAUUGAUUUAUGGAAAUAAUACAUUAUAUGUCAAACCAACCGAUGAUUAUGAAUUAUGUCGACCACCAUUCUUAUGGCGUGAAACAUGUGAACGUGAACAUAAUAAUCAUUGUAAAAGUUCAUUGCCGAAAGAAAAACCAUAUUUAUUGAUUAAAUGUGCCAACAAAAAAACUGAUAAACAAUUUGUUAUAAAAUUACGUGGUGAAAAAACAUUGGUUCCAUAUGAAGAUACUAAUCGUAUGGAAAACAAUGAAUCCUAUCUGUAUACAAUCAAAAUGAUACCAUUAGCAAGAUUGAAAAAUCUGCUUCCAUUUUCAAUACGAUUUUUAUAUAGUCCAUUGAAUGAACUUCGUACAUUAGAACCGGGUGAAGAAUUUAAUCUACCAUUUAUCGAUUUUGGUAGUUCAGUGAUAAAAUUUCAACUUUUAAACUAUUUGAAUGCUGAUUGGAUGGCCAUGUUAAGAAUACCAAUGACCGGUUUUGAAAUAUCAACAACAUAUUGUAUAUUUGAAUGUAAUGAUAAAGAAAAAUCAAAAAUGACUUUACCAGUUGAAUUUCGUGUAGAAAAUUCAGUAAUUGUUUUAUCAUUAUAUUCAACAUUUUGGUUAAUGAAUCGAACAAAUGAAUUGAUAAGUCUGAAAGUUGAUAAUCAAAAUCAAUAUCGAUUUGAUCAAAAUCAAACAAACAAACCAUUUCUAUUUGCUUAUGAUCCGGAUAGAACAACGAAAAAAUCAAAAAUUAGUUUGGCUAUCGCUGAAUCUGAAUAUUCGGUUUAUUUUCCUGUUGAUGUUGCUCCGUAUAAAGUAACAUUAACACCUAAAGUACCGAAACAAAAAUAUUCAUAUCUGGUCACGAUACGUGUUGAAGCAUCAAGAAUUCCAUUGACAAAAAUUAUCAAUAUUGAGCCGUUUUAUUCGGUUAUAAAUCUAACUAAGCAAAAUAUAUUCUAUUCAGAAAAUAAUGAAGAUUGGUUUCAUAUUGAAUCAAAUCGUGUGAUGCCAUUAUAUCCGAAAAAAGUAUCAAAUCAAUCAAUUUGUUUUCGUUUACCGAAUGGUAAACAUGAUUCAAAACAUAUUUCAUUACGUGAAUCAUCACAAACAUUAUUAUCGAUUGAAAAGAAAUUUGUAUUUGUCGAAGUAGAUGUUACUGAAUUGGAAGCAAAAAUUCGUCUUAGUGAUUAUUUUGAUGGUGCAGCACCUGUAUUGAUUGUAAAUACAUUAACUUAUCCAGUAUAUUAUGGUCAAAAUCAGGUUACUGAUUGGAAUAAUGGACGACGUAUGUUGACAAUUGAAUCAUAUCAUAUGGUUUAUUUUUGUUGGUUAGAUCCAUAUAAACAAAGAAAACUUGAAUAUAAAAUAUCAAUCGAUGAUGAUGAAUUGAUUGAAGUUAAUAUUGAUUUUGAUACUAUUGUUAAUUUUGAAGAAGGUUAUUCAUAUGUAUCAUUUUUAGAUGGUAAACAACGUGUUCUGUUGUUUACACAUGAUUCAUUUUUACCACGUAAUCUUCUUAUGACACAUGAAUUAGUCAAACCAGACAUGUCAUUUGAAUUAAUAUUAAAAGGAUUCGGUCUAAAUAUUGUUGAUAAUGAAAGACGUCUGGAUAUUAUGUAUUUAUCAAUAAAAAGUACAAAUAAUUGGGAAUAUCGUAAUGAUGAACAUAAACCAUUUAAAUCGGUUUCAAUUAAAGAAAAUGAAAUUCUUGAACACAUGUUUCAACAUUAUCUAUUGAAACAAUCGAAUAGCCAUGCAACUGUGAUUAAAUCUGAUUAUUCAAAUUAUGAAGCAGAUUUUGCUCGGAUGACAAUGUUAAAACCACGAAUUUGUUAUCUAAGACGUAACGCUAAUCGUGGAUUAUGGUUGACAUUCAGUAGUUCGGAACAUGUGAAAAAUAUUCAUUUGCGUAUUAAUGAUAUACAAAUUGAUAACCAAUUAUCGGAUCAUGUUUUUGAUGUUGUAUUCUGCCCGGUUGAUAUACCGAAAUCAAUUUCGGAUAAAUUUGAAAUUGAACAUAAACAUUUUAUUGAAUUUGCUGCUAUUAUUUGUCCCGGUUCAAUUAAUCGAUAUAAACAUAUACAGCUAUUGAUUCAAGAAUUUCUAUUACAAAUUGAUUUGGGUUGGAUUUAUAAAAUAAUGAAUGUAUUUGAAAUUGAAAUGGCUAAAGAAGAAACAAAUAAAGAUUUAUUAAAACAAGAUAUGGAUUAUAUUGAACUUUAUAAUAGCCCAAGUGAAUUACAAAAAUAUGUAAUGAAUAAAUCAUAUUAUGAUUUUAUAAUGUUUGGCCCAUUGAAAUUGCAUUUGAGUAUUAAUCUGGGUGAAGUAUCGGAUGGAAGAUCAUUUUUCCUGUUGGAAUUAUUCAUACGAUUAAUGGGUUCUGUUGGUGAAAUUAGUGAUACGCUAUUUCGAUUUGAUUAUUUUGAAAGGAAAGGAUUGUUUUUGGGACAAGAAGAACUGAUGAAACAAGUUACUGAUCAUUAUAAAAAUCAAGCAUUAACACAAUUUUAUAAAUUAAUUCUUGGAUUAGAUAUUAUUGGUAAUCCAAUGAAAUUAGCAUUGGGUUUUAAAAAAGGAAUUGGUGAUUUUUUCUACGAACCAGCUGUUGGAAUAUUUCAUGGUCCAGAUGAAUUUGCUGAAGGUCUGAAAACUGGUGUAAAAUCAUUAGCAUCGAAUGUUAUUGGUGGAACGGCCGGUGCUCUAAGUCGUAUUGGUUCUAGUCUUGGUACUGGUGUUGCAACAUUAACUAUUGAUGAUAAAUUUCAAAAAGAUCGUCGUGAACGUAUUAACCGUAAAACAACAUUUACUGAAAGUGGAAAAAAUUUAUUCAAAGGAAUAUUUUCCGGUAUAACCGGUGUGAUAACCAAACCGAUCGAAGGUGCAAAAGAACAGGGGUUUGGGGGAUUUUUCAAAGGUGUAGGAAAAGGUGUUGUCGGUGUUGUUGUACAGCCAACCACUUGUGUUAUUGAUUUUGCAUCCGGUUCAUUACAAGCAUUCAAUAAUGCUAUUGAUCCGAAAAAUAUUGCCCGUCCGAAACGUAUGGCAAGAAAUUUUUGUCGUGAAGAAAUACGACCUUAUUCUCAUCAAGAAGCUACAGGAUUUUGGCUAUUAAAAGCUGUUGCCGGUGAUAAAUAUAAAAUUGAUCAAUAUGUUUAUCAUUGUUAUAUUUCGGAACAUUUAAUAAUAUUAUUAACAGAUAAACAUUGUUUCUGUUUAAAACAAUCAUUUAUAUCGAAUGAAUGGGAAAUUGAUUGGUUUGAAAUAUGGUCAAAUAUUGAUGAUAUUUAUUUGGAUCGUAAUAAUAGAAUUCAUAUGAAAUUAAAGGCAAUGAACAAAAAGAAUUUUACUUUAAAUCCAAUGGAAUCAUCAUCAUCAUCAUUAUCAUCGUUAUCAUUAUCAUCAUCUACAACAUCAUCAUCAGCAACAACAGCAGCAACAAAAUCACCUAAAGAACGUAUAAUUGUAUUCACUGCAAAUAAUAAAAAUCAACAACAACAACUACAACAUCAACAACAAAAACUUCAUCAACGUAUUAUGCAGAUAUUAUCGGAAAAAAUGGUACAAUUGUUGGCAGCUUAAAAAUCAUUCUUCAAUGAUUGGUGAAGAGAAUCUAGAGAAUUUGGCUGGCACCAAUCGAUUUCAAGUUCAAGAUUAUAAUCUACUGGGGCGAAAGAUGAUGGCAAAAU